AUGAAUCAAGGUCAGGAGUUAAUCUGUUCGACAAUCAAAACCAAAAUUUUGGAUUUUGAUCGACAAUUCAAAAAUCAAAAUCUAAUGAAAAAUUCCAAGAUGUCAAAUAUUGAGUUUCCAUUAAUUUUACAUUUGGACCCUACCAGCUUCACCCAUGAUAAAUCUUUACCAAUCAUUAUAAAAAACAUAGGUGGUUCACAUAAAAUUAAUAUUUCAUUGCUCAUUAAUAAUCAUUAUUUGGUCAUACUACAAGAAGUAUCUAAAAAAUUUAAUGAUAAUGUACAAACCCUACUCAAAGACAGGAUUGACUUAGAAUAUAUUACAUCUGGGAGAGUUUCUAUCAUCGUUAAUAAAAAUUUUCAGAAUGAAGAUGUCUUGGAGGUUAACAAAAUAAGUAAUAAGCUAAGCUCUAUGGAUGCAAGAUAUAGAACUGUUGAUUUGGUAGCAAAAAUUCAUUCGUAUCACAUCAAAAUUAUAAAUAUAUACUUUCAAAAUGACCAAUGUGAACAAAAAUAUCAACAUUUGAAAGAAAUUUUUGAGGAAUUGAAAUGCUAUAAUGGAUUUUUACUUUUAACAGCAGACUUUAACUUCAAUACCAGUAAUUUUGAGAAUGCCCACCCACAAGACUCAUACGUCAGAUACCUUCAACUAAUCGACGAAUUUAAGAAAGAUCAUGAUUUAGUUUCUACACAAAAUGCCUUUGGUGUUCGUUGUACCAACUUUGGUUCAUACAGCUGUUCACCGGACCUCACCUUAAUAUCAACUAAUUUAAAAAAUCAGUUAAAUUUGGGGGAAUUUAGAUGGGAUUUACAUUCUACACAUUGUUCACAACGAAUAUCAAUUUGUGAAUCCGAUGUAUCAGAUAUGACUGAGUUCUCUGACUUUAAAGCAAAUGGAGAUCUAUUAGUAAUGAGAAACAUCUAUUCUGGUAGAAAGAAUCAGAUGGCUUCAAUAUUGACUUUUUUGGAGACUAAACUUAAAAAUUCCAAUUCUUCAACAGAACAAGCUAUCAAAGUUCAAAUCAAAAAAUUUAAGGAAAAAUAUGAUGAAGCCACUGAACUUAAAGAUAACAUGACUGAAGCUUUGAAAAAGGGUCCAAACAAAAUUUCCAGUUUGAAAAAUUAUGUAACAUCGUUAUCAUCUGUACAUGAUCAUUUCUCAGAAGAAGAAGAAAAAGAAGAAGAAGAAGAAGAAGAAGAAUAUAUUCAUAAUAUUUCAGGAAAUUUCGAUGGUUCAGGUGCUACGUCCAAUAACUCAGAAGAAUCGGACACUCCAGAUGAUCAAAUCAAGGAAGGUGUUGUUGCUAACUUACCAACUCCAAAUGCACCUUAUGACGGUAUUCCUUUACCUUUUUAUUUGCAGUGGUAUUUGUUGAAGCGCUAUAAGCAAGAGGUUCAAAUGAUUACGGUCACUAGAUUUGACAAUAUAGUCAGAAGUUUAGAGAACUUGUAUCCAAAAGCAAAAGAACUACAUUUAGACAGAAAAAGAGUUUCAUUAUUCAUCACCAACAUGAAAAAUUCAAAUAAUAUCAUAUAUGAUCAUGGUGACACUUUUCAAUUUAAGGAAGAAUAUUUGAAACUGAAAUUUGUCAAAAGACCUGAAUCAACAACUAUUGAACCGAGGGGUAGAUACAACUAUAUUAGUGUGGACUUGAUAAUACAGUUUAAUAAAAUUGGAGCCAAUUACAGCGAAAUCGCAAAUCAGUUGAAUGAGAUGUAUGAGUCAAACUUUUUUCAAUACGAAAAUGUAAGAGCUAAAAUAAAUUCUUUACUCAAAUCUGGUUAUGUUGAGCCAAGGGAUGGUAUUGAUAUUGACAAUGCCCCAAGUAUAAAUUUUAGUUUCAGCUUAGUAUUCACGGAAAAAUUUAUUCAAGAAUCAAUAAUAAAUGUCGAUGAAGGAGAUGAUCGUGAUGUUGAUAUUAAAUCAGUAUUGUGUUUGCACAAGUAUGAGAAAACUUUAAUUUUUCCAUUGUUUUGGAAUUCUUUAGAUUAUGAAUUACCAUAUAUUCUUCCAAUUGAAAAAAAACUUGGUAUCAGACCGUACAAAUACAAAAUCAAAUGUCCAGAAUAUUACCCACAAAUUGCUGAAUUAAUGAAUAAGCAAAUAGUUAAUGGAGUUGAACCCCUCACUUACUCAUGGAAAAGUUUGAACUUUCCGGCAAAUCAAGUAGAGGAAAACUUGACAACAGCAGUUUAUCGUGUGAAACAUAUAUAUUAUAAAUUUAAUGGUAGCAAGUAUAUUGAAAGAACUCCUGAUGAAGUAGCUGCUGCAUUGAUUAAAGAAAAUCUCAAGACUAAAGACAGGGUAAGAUUCAAAGGCGAGAAAAUAGACUGGACAGUUGACGACAUCAUGCUUCUUUGGAGGGCAUGCCGUGAGCUUACUUAUGAUGACAAUUACCCCAACUUUCCACUUAUUAGAGAAGCCUAUUUUCCAAAACAAGAUUGUGAUACUUUGCGUAGAAAAUAUAUUUCAUUUUUCACCAAUAAUGAUGAAAUUAGUUCUGAAGAGUCGUCGCUUAUAUAUGAUAUUAUGGUGGGGUUUAAUCAAGGAGACAUCAAAUGCACAACAACAAUUUAUACAUAUAUCAAGAAUGAACUAAAAGCUAAAUUGAAUAUUGAUAGGGAAUAUAGACAAAUUAAACAGUGGUGGGAAGGUGUGGGUAAAUUGAUAUACGACUUAGAUAGCUAG